AUAAGAGUAAAUAAGAAAUGUAAUAGAUAGAGUAGUAUAAAUAGAAGGGGAAUGGGCAAUAAAGGGAGGCUGUUUUAGACUUGUCUUGGGACUUGGGAAGAUUAGAGAAUAGUUCUCUUCUCUUUGGGACUGGAUUGUACGGUAUACCUCCAUUUAUGAAACUGUUCAUUCUUCUGGUAUUAUUGCGCUACUCUAUCAGUGGUAUCAGAGACUGCUACGAUCGCUGGUGUGGAAUAUUUGUCGCUAAAAGAAAUAUGUCGCAGAUGGAGAAGACCCAAGAAAAGAUCGAACAAAAUCAACAAGCCUUCGAUGAUUGGGUUGCGGAGAUGUGGAGUAAAAUAAACAAGAUCGGUCAUCAACCGCGCAGGCGAACUAGAGACCGAGCGCGAAAUGUCCCUUCUGAUUCGCAGUCGCCAAAGGUUUCACGCGAAAAAAUGGAGAAGAUCGCGGAAAAGGUGGAGCGCGGAAAACUAGCGAAGGAGAAGCAUACGAAGAGCAAAGAAAAGGUAGAAAAGGAUGGGGCGAAGGAAAGGAGGACAGGAUUGGAGGAAUCGCAAACUGUUUCGCACUCGAGAAAGGAUUGGCGCGGAAAAUUGGGGAAGCUCGCAGAAAAGGUUGAGAGCGGAAAAGUGGAGAAAGAGAAGCGCUCAACCCUAGAAAAGGAUAAGCGCUCAAACAUGGAGAAGGAGACGAGCUCAAAACCAGAGAAAGAGAAGUCCUCAAACCUGGAGAAGGGGAAGCCCAAGCUGCGACAAAAAUGUCGUAGGCGAGGACGGUCAAGGACUGUGCAUCGCUUCUUGAAUUCGAAAAGCAAAUACCCUUCUCAGUCACAAGAUACUUCUUCCGGUCCUCUGGUUUUGACUAGAGCAGACAAAUCCAGUUCGAAAUCUCUAUUUGAAUUUCCAGAGUCGCAGCAGAAUUUGGUUAUUCAGCAGCACACCUAUGGAGAAGAGGAAUUCAGUGAUAAACCAUCAGUUAAUCUUGAACCUGAAGAUGGAACAGUUGGAUUUUCCAGAAGUGUGAUGUUUUCCAAGUACGAUCUUGACCAGUCAGACCUUGAAACCAAUAGGUUCAAGCUUCUUCACGUAUGCGAUAUUUCUUCUCAUCUUGCACAGAAGAGGAACUGGCCAAAUGUCUGCAAGACUGAAAUGAUGUAUCGCCAGUCAUCAAACAUUGUGUUGGAAGGAUUGAACAUCGUUUCUAUUGUUGAUUUGGUUCUCCAACCAUGUCCAUUGGGAGCUUCUGAAACUGGGUUACUUAAAAUCGAGGACAUAAUUUUAGGGAAUUCAUGCCUGGAACGAAAGAGAUCUGGUCCAGUGGUUCUUAAGGAUCGGGUUCAUCUUUUUUCUUGGGAAUCAUAUGCCAUUAUUCAAAUUGGGGUAGUGAUGAUUUCACAUGGAGGUCUUCUAAAUUGGAGGGAGGGUGUGAGCAGAAGAAGGCUUGCUAAGACUGAAAAAGGGGCUGAAAUAGCAGUACCUAAUCAGAAAUUGAUUACUGAGAAGCAUCUUAUCACCAUGUUUCAAGCAAUUUUGAAACCCAAAAUUGAAGAGGGACUUUCUAACCAUUAUAAUUCAAGGGAUCAUCAAUACUAUUCCCCAGUUGUUUCCUUUGUUCUUGUGAAUCUGAAGGGAAGGGAUCCAAGUACCCUUGAUUCCUCUACCAAUUUGUGGGUUGGUUUUUUAACAGGAGCACUCAGAAUUUCAGAUUCUUUAAAUGAGAAAACAAUGUAAAAUUUUGUGGAACAACAUAAUGAAGCAAAUGAAAAGGUGAAAUUAGAACAGGGUUGGAAAAUGGCCAUGUCGUAUAAUGGUAAUAGAUCUGUCUACGUGCAAGAAAACCAAUUUUGGAACUUUUACAUGGGAGAUGAGCUUUCAUGUUCUUUAGUUAUAUGAACUGCAGCUAGAAUUAUGCAUCUCAUUACUUGCUUGCUAAAACCUUUGAGGUUUUCCUUGUCAAAUGAGGUAAGUAAAGAAUUAAAAGAGGAAGAAGUUGAAAGGUACGUAAAGGAGCUUGCAUCCAAUACAGUAUUAGUUUCAGAGACUGGAAAAUAUGAGGAGCUGCAGAAAAGUGAAGAAAUAUUUUUUACUAUCAAGUGCUGGAAAGAGACUGAAGUGAAUGAAUCUUCACUGCUGAUUUCUUCGGCUACUGAAAGUUCUGAGAUCUUAAAAGAUCUCGUACGAAAGUCCCUAGUCCAUCAACCAGUCAAGUAUUGGGAAGGGUGAGGCGCAAGAAUGAAGAGGAAGCAGAAGAUCUUGGCUGCUUACUAUCGCCCACCUUGAGGGCAAGGUGGAUGUUUAGAGGGGGAGAUAUAUUAGGGACCUGGUAGAAUAAGAGUAAAUAAGAAAUGUAAUAGAUAGAGUAGUAUAAUUAGAAGGGGAGUGGGCAAUAAAGGGAGGCUGUUUUAGACUUGUCUUGGGACUUGGGAAGAUUAGAGAAUAGUUCUCUUCUCUUUGGGACUGGAUUGUACGGUAUACCGUCAUUUAUGAAACUUACUGUUUUCUGAAGCUAGCUUUACUGUUCAUUCUUCUGGUAUUAUUGCGCUACUCUAUCAGUCCUGAAACGGACAAAAAUGUAAACAUAUGAUUUAUCAUUACCAUGGGGCUGAUUUUCAUAUAUAAUGA